AUGUCUUUCCCCGAGUGUCCAGCAAGUUUAAAAUCUAUUCAGCAUUACUUAAAGACUGCUGCAGAACAUGAUAAUAGAGACCCUGUAGUAGCCUAUUGGUGCAGGCUUCAUGCUUUACAAACGGGUCUGAAACUCACUACUAAGAAAACUCGAGAAGAAUCUGCUCUUUUAAUAGCUUUGAUGGACUGGUUAGAAGAAUGUAAAAGAAUUAACAAGGAUAAUGAUGCCAUAAUAAAUGAGGUUGCAGCCCAAGCACAUCUUGAGAACUAUGCUUUGAAAUUAUUUUUGUAUGCUGACAAACAGGAUAGAGAACAAAACUAUGGAAAGAAUAUUGUGAAGGCUUUCUACACAGCUGGAAUGAUUUAUGAUGUACUCUGCACUUUUGGUGAACUUACUGAUGAAGCUGCUCAGAACAGGAAGUAUGCUAAGUGGAAGGCAGCUUACAUUCAUAAUUGCCUCAAAAAUGGAGAGACACCAGUACCAGGGCCAAUGCAAUCUGAAGAUGGAGGAGAAAAUAGCGAAGAGCCAACAAGUGACAGCCAACAUGCUCCUGAGCCAACACAGCCUCAAGUUUUCCCUACAGUAACUCCGUCAACACCGCCUGAUGCACCAUCCAGUUUUAGCAACUCUUUGCCUGAUCCUAACGCUGCAAUGAAAGCGGCCUCACAACUUCCACCAGUACCAUAUACGCCAGAUCCAAAUCCAGGUGGUUUUAUACCUUAUGAUCCGUCACAGCAACCACAAGUGGCACAACCGUCUACUUAUUACGGUGAUAUUUCUUCUACGGCGCAGCUCACUCCAGAUCAAAUUGCUAAAGCACAAAAAUACUGCAAGUGGGCCAGCAGUGCCCUGAACUACGACGACAUUAAAACUGCUAUCGGAAACUUAAAGAAUGCCUUGGAAUUGCUCCAGACUGGCCGUGAUCCUGCUUGA